AUGGCCUUAUCAACCUCAUGCCCUCCUGCCCUGUCCUCAUCACCGUCAACACCACCUGCGCCACCCACGUCACCUUCAACCUCGCCUGUGCAGCCUUCAUCACCUUCUCAUGCGCAGCCCUCAUCAUCCUCGCCUGCGCAGCCUUCAUCCCCUUCUCAUGUGCAGCCCUCAUCAUCCUCAUCCUCGCCUGCACAGCCCUCAUCACCUUCUCAUGUGCAGCCCUCAUCAUCCUCAUCCUCGCCUGCGCAGCCCUCAUCACCUUCUCAUGUGCAGCCCUCAUCAUCCUCAUCCUCGCCUGCGCAGCCUUCAUCACCUUCUCAUGUGCAGCCCUCAUCGCCUUCUCAUGUGCAUCCCUCAUCAUCCUCAUCCUCGCCUGCGCAGCCUUCAUCACCUUCUCAUGUGCAGCCCUCAUCGCCUUCUCAUGUGCAGCCCUCAUCAUCCUCAUCCUCGCCUGCGCAGCCCUCAUCACCUUCUCAUGUGCAGCCCUCAUCAUCCUCAUCUUCUCCUGCUCCACCCUUAUCUUCACCUUGUGCUGCAUCAACACCUGUGGUUCACUCAUCACAGGCGUCUGAGACCCUCUCAUUAAGGAAGAUAUCCUCUUUAAGGCCAUCAAGAAAAAGACAGUAUUCAGGAAGUGCCGUCUGUGAUACAGACUACAGCGAUGUCACAGACUACAGCGAUGUUGACUAUAUACCAAAAAUCAGCUCAGAUGAUUCGGAUGGUAGUUCUUCUGGACAUGACAUGGUCAAAAGUGCUUUGAUACAUCCAACAUCUCCCAAAGAGGCAGGUAGUUUAUCUGAUCAAUGUAUGACCGCACCAUCACCUAAAAAGAUGAAAUGCCAAUCUAAAGAGACAAACACCUCGUCUGGUGAUAAGACUUUUAUUCAGUCAAUGCCAUCACCUAAGCAGGAACGCAAGACGUACAACAAAAAGCAGUAUUGCCUUUAUUGCUCUAAGCCAUAUUCAAAAAUGGCCAGACACCUUGAAUUUGUCCAUCGCAACGAAGUGGGGGUUGUAAAGGCAGUAGCAUUUCCAAAACAUUCCAAAGAAAGACGAGUCCAGUUAAACCUCCUUAGAAAAAGGGGCAACUUUGCCCACAACACCGAUGUGGUGAGACAAGGACAUGGGGAGAUGAUUGCCUGCUACCGUCCAAAAAAUAGUCAAAGAGCCAAUGAAUUUAUUCACUGCAUUUACUGCCAAGGGCUUUAUAACAAGCGUAGCCUUUGGAAACAUAUCAAAAACUGUCCCCUGAAACCAAAAAAUGAGGAUGCCCAGGGCAGGAAAAGAGUUCGAUCCCUGUGUGCUCUAAACACACCAGUGGGCUUAGAAGUGAGCAAAGGAUUCAAGAAAGUACUCUCCUUUAUGAACUAUGAUGAAGUUUCGCGUGUAGUUCAUACUGACAGAUGCAUCAUGCAGCUGGGGGAGCACAUGUUCAACAGGAUGGGGUCUGAUGUGACCAAACAUGACUACAUCAGACAGAAGAUGAGAGAAGUAGGCAGACUUCUUCUUGAAGCAAGGAAGAUUACCCCACUGAGAACAAUGGUAGACUUCAUCAUACCAACUAACUUCAAACAUGUCAUAGCAGCUGUUAAAGUUGUAUCUGGCUAUGAUGAAGAGAAAAACUCCUACCGCAUUCCUUCUUUAGCUCUCAAACUUGGGCAUUCUUUAAACAAGAUAUCUAGCAUUGUUGAGAGCAAUGCCAUGAUGUAUGGAGAUCAUGAGCGUGCUGAGUGUGCCCGAGACUUCAGGAAAAUACACCAGGCAAGGUGGAAUGAGUACAUUUCUGCUGGUGCUAUAACUACAUUGAAAGAAGCCAAGUGGAACACACCACAGAUCAUUCCUUUCACUCAGGAUGUCAAAGUCCUGCACACACAUCUUGAAAAGAAACACAAUGAGCUCCUAAGUAAGCUCAGAUCUUGCCCUUCUGCUGACAGCUACGCUGCUCUAGCCAAGGUCACGCUGUCCCAGGUCAUCCUGUUCAACCGAAGGAGAGAAGGUGAGGUAUCCCGGAUGCUUUUGUCAGCUUUUAAAAGCAGGGAUUCUUCUGAGCUACACGAAGACAUUGCCAUCUGUCUGUCUGAGUUUGAGAGGAAGCUGUGUCUGCACUUCUCAAGAGUUGAGAUCCGUGGUAAACGAGGGAGAAAGGUUCCUGUGCUCCUCAAGCCUUCCAUGGUUUCUGCCAUGGAGCUGCUUGUUGAAACGCGUGAGCUUUGUGGUGUUCCAGCAGAGAAUCCCUUUAUGUUUGCUAGAUGUGGAGCAAUGUCUGCCUACAGAGGAGGAGAGUGCAUCAACAAAGCUGCUUGCGAAUGUGGCAUAAAGAACCCUGAUGCACUGUCAUCAACUAGGCUCAGGAAACACAUAGCAACCAUGUCUAAAAUUCUUAACCUUAAUGAGAAUGAAGCAGACCAACUGGCUGAUUUCCUUGGUCACGAUAUCAGAAUCCACAGACAGUAUUAUCGGUUACCAGAGGGAACACUGCAGCUGGCAAAAAUGAGUAAAGUCCUAAUGGCCAUGGAGAAAGGAACACUGUCUGACUACAAAGGAAAGAAACUUGAUGACAUUGAAAUUGACCCAAAUGAGCAACUUGAGGCCCAAGGUGAUUCCAUGUCAAGUGAUGAGGAGGAUUCCAGUGACCUAUCUCAGACAACAGCACCAGUACAGACUGAUCAACCUGUUCAAUCUGAACAAGCUGUUUCACAGGAGGAUCAAGGUUCUUCAAAUGCUCCAAAAAAGAAAUGGGAGGACAGUGAGGUAAAAGCAGUAGAGAGACACAUGAUGAGUUUCAUCAAGACAUGCAAAGUUCCUGGUAAGCAAGACUGUGAAAGAUGCAUUCACGCAGAGCCAGAAGCUUUGAAGCAGCGAACAUGGACUGGUGUGAAAAAUUAUGUGCGGAACAGGAUCACGACUCUUAAAAGAAAGGGUGGUUUGUAGGAAGGCACAAACACUUCAGCACUUUGCACAUUAUGCUCUUUUUGUAGGAAAUGGAGCUAAAUUAAAAGAAAUGAGGAUAAAGGUGUAGAAAUAUUUUGUGGAUGGAAUGAAACAGAAUAUAAAGUGAAAAGUUAGAGUAUAAGAAGGUUAAUGAAGAAGUAGAGGAUAGUAAGAGUCAAUUUUCUUUGUUCAGUUACAAUAUAGUUGGAUGAAAUGUCAUGUUAAACUUUUUGAUAUUUCUGUCAUAGAGGGAGGAGAGAAUGUAAAGAUGAUAAAAAAGGGAAGAGUGAAUAGCUGUGCUGGAC